AUGGUUACUGUCAGGAGUGUAUUGUCUAUUGCAGCUUCAAGGCAAUGGUUCAUCCAUCAAAUGGAUGUAUGCAAUGCUUUUUUGCAAGGAGACCUAUCAGAGGAGGUAUAUAUGGAGGUACCUCAAGGGUUUAAUGGACAAAAGACAGAAUUCAAGGUCUGCAAAUUGCUUAAGUCCCUCUCUGUUUCUUGUCCUAUGGAGCCAAAUGUAAGGCUAACUACUGCUGAAUUUGACACUCAUGCAGGAACCUCUGAUGACACAUUAUUUACUGAUCCAGGGCCAUAUCAAAGGCUUUUGGGGAAGCUUCUUUAUUUGACUGUUACAAGACCAGAUAUAUCCUUUGUUGUUCAGAGCUUGAGCCAAUUCAUGCAUAAUCCUAAGGUCUCUCAUAUGGAAGCUGCACUCAAGGUGGUUAAAUAUAUCAAAAAUAGUCCUGGUCUAGGAAUCUUCAUGGCUGCUAAGUGCUCUGAAUCACUUUCAGCAUUUUGUGAUGCAGACUGGGCUGCAUGUCCCAAUACACGAAAGUCAGUCACAGGUUACUUUGUAAAGCUUGGUUCUUCCUUGAUUUCUUGGAAAUCCAAGAAGCAGUCCACCAUUUCUCGAAGCUCAGCAGAAGCUGAAUAUCGCAGCCUAGCAUCCACAGUUGCAGAGAUUAUUUGGAUCAUUGAAAAGAUUCAACAUGGUCUUGUGUCUCCUCUCUACUGCCCUACUGCUGAGCAUGAAGCUGACAUACUCACAAAGGGACUUGGUCGCAUUCAGCACUCUUAUCUACUGUCCAAGCUAGGUCUACUCAACAUUUUUCCUAGUCCUAGCUUGAGGGGGGUGUAA